UCCCCCUCCCAGUAGCGUUUCAGCGAUCGUUGGCAACCCUCAGCGAAAAAACAGGCUGGCUUCGUAUAAAUAGAAGCUCGCGAUGAACGCCCUUAUACAUUUUUCAGACGUAGCUGGAAGACUAUUAUCCUCUCAUCAUGAAAACGAUCAGCGUUGCCCUGUUGGUGGUGGUGGCCCUUUUUGCCCUGAUGGAGGUCACUGGAGCCCUGCCAGCACCCGAACCUAACCGACGCUUCUUCUUUGGCGGAAGUCCCUAUGGCUUCGGCGGUUACGGCUACAGACCCUUCGGAUACGGCUUCGGCUACGGUGGAUACGGCGGUGGCUUCGGAGGCUUUGGAGGCCUUGGUGGCUUUGGUGGCCUUGGCGGAUUUUACGGUUGAUCGACGUCUUCUGUGAAGAUACAUGAAGUCCAUGAACUAGUUUUUCUUAAAAAUUCUCAGAAUUGGAAUGCACUUGAUUGUUUCCAAAAGAAAUUAUAAUGACCUUUCUGACAUACACUGAAAUCAAAAUUUCUGUUACUUAAAAUAAAUUUUUUACUGUUUUC